CUCGUCGGCUCCACCUCGCUCGCUCGGUCGGGGACUCCUCCUUCCCUUCGCCGCGCGCGCACGCACGCACGCAUCAAUUCUCCCGGCUUCACAGCCCACCUGCUCCGCUGCGUCGUCUCCUUCCCCGCGCACCGCACACGCAGCAGCCCACCAUCUCAUCUCACGCUCGAGUCGCCUCCAGCGCGGCAGGCCGACCUGCCCCUUCUAUUAUUAUUUCUGCAUUUCCGCCUCCCCCAGCCUCCGCUUUCCCGAUCCAGCCGAGCACCGCAAUCGCAGGGCAACGGAAGCGAUUAAAAAAGGUAGCCUCCCCUCCGCAACCUAAAGGUAAAAACAAACAACCACCGCAUCGCGGCAGGCAUCGCCAGCCACCGAGCGGAGGGGGGUGAGGGGGGAAGGGAAGGCAGCAAAAGUUCGAUAAAAAGGAGAGGAGAAGACGAGGCGUGCCGUCCGACCCCAAGCAACUUCCUCCCCCCACCUCCCUCCUCCUCUUCCUCCCAUGCCCGCAUCGAGAUCUUAGCGGGAGAGCGAGAGGUGAGGCGACGCGGGCCCCCCGAUCCCUCCUCGUCGCUGCUGCCGCCGCCGACCGACCGACCGGGGGAGGAGGGGAGGGGAGGACGAGAUGGAGGCGGACUCCGGGAAGCUCUUCGUCGGUGGCAUCUCCUGGGAGACGGAUGAGGAGCGCCUCCGCGAGUACUUCGGCCGCUUCGGGGAGGUCACCGAGGCCGUCAUCAUGCGGGACCGAAACACCGGCCGCGCCCGCGGGUUUGGCUUCGUCGUAUUCUCCGACUCCGGGGUCGCGGAGCGUGUCACCAUGGACAAACACAUGAUCGACGGCCGCAUGGUGGAAGCGAAGAAAGCCGUUCCCAGGGACGACCAGAGUAUUGCGAGCAAGAACAAUGGCAGCAGCAUAGGUUCACCCGGACCAGGACGUACUAGAAAGAUCUUUGUUGGAGGUCUGGCUUCUAAUGUUACCGAGGUCGAGUUCAGAAGGUAUUUUGAGCAAUUCGGUGUGAUAACCGAUGUGGUGGUGAUGUACGACCACAACACGCAGAGGCCUAGGGGCUUCGGCUUCAUCACCUAUGAUUCAGAAGACGCAGUGGAUAAGGCUCUUCAUAAGAACUUCCAUGAGCUGAAUGGUAAAAUGGUUGAGGUCAAGAGGGCUGUUCCAAAGGAGCAGUCUCCUGGACCUGUUGCACGUUCACCUGCUGGAGGACAGAACUAUGCUAUGAACAGGGUUCAUAGCUUCCUGAAUGGAUUCAACCAGGGUUACAACCCGAACCCCAUAGGAGGUUAUGGCAUGAGGGUGGAUGGAAGGUUUGGUCUUCUUACUGGUGCACGAAAUGGGUUCUCUUCAUUUGGUCCAGGCUAUGGAAUGGGCAUGAAUAUUGAAGGUGGGAUGAGUGGAAAUUUUGGUGCAAGCUCUGGUUUCAUCAAUAGCUCCAAUGGGCGGCAAAUAGGUUCUUACUACAAUGGUAGUUCAAACAGAUUAGGUAGUCCUAUAGGGUAUGUUGGCCUUAAUGAUGAUUCAGGAUCGGUAUUGAGUUCAAUGGCUAGAAAUGUUUGGGGUGAUGGAAGUCUAAACUACACAGGUAGCCCUACAAACACGAAUUCUUUUGCUCCACCUGGAGGUAGUGGCGGCAUUCCUGGUGACAGUAUUAGUUGGGGAGGCCUUACUUCUGCUCAUGGGAUGGGCAACAUUUCAAGCCUUGGGCCGGGAAACCUUGGCCGUGGAACUGGAGAUAAUAACUUUGGUUUGCCUUCUGGCAGCUAUGGGAGGAGCAAUUCAACUGGUACCAUUGGCGAGCCAUUUUCUGCAUCAGCCAAUGCAUAUGAGUUGAACAACCCAGGUGCAUAUGGCAGCAGCUCUAUUUAUGGUGACUCAACCUGGAGGUUCUCGUCAUCUGAGAUUGACAUGCCUCCUUUUGGUCAUGAUCUUGGAAAUGUUGAUGCAGAUAUCAAAUCAGAAAUAUCAGCAGGUUAUAUGGGCAACUAUACUGUUAAUAAUAAUCAGACAAGCAGAGGUCAGUUGCUAUCUCAACAUUUUGCUAUGAUCUACACAUAGUUUUUCCUUUCAUUAAAAAAAGAAAUAUACUGCGUAAAUAAGUUAGUUAUUUCAGGGUUCAGUUCCCUUUACCCAGUUUAGGAAAACAAUGUACCUAGUCAUUCUGAAAAAGAAAGUUCCAUGCCAUUUGCUUAAGCUGAUUGACAUAAUAGCAUAAGCAAUAGGCCUUUCUUGUAAGACUUUUUAAAUUCCAUAAGCAAUGCAACUAUUAGUUUGUGUUAAUCAAAGCUUGUGUUUCGUCACCCAUGAUUACAAGUUAUGUCAACUACUCGAUUAUCACUCUCUAUACUCUAUAAUCGCUACCAAAUAUAAGCAAUAAAUCAUGUAGUUUUGGAUUAUUAGAACAUAUCCUAUUUCCUAUAACCUGGUUUUGUGUGACCAUGAAAGGCUGACAACUCAUAUUCAAAGCUAAGAUUUUAUCCUGUAGCACAGUGGAUUAGUCACUCAACUGUAUGCACAUUCAAAUAUGAUUAGUUGAUUGUAGUCACAUGCUGUAGUUUUCUCGAUAUGAUAGGAUGCAAAUUCUUUGAGCUUUCUCUUUCUUGAUUAGUUGAAUAAGAACUUACAUAUAGAUGACUGAUAGAAGUAGGACAUAUAUCGUAUUAUAUUGCGGGAGUCGCAGGUCACCUAGCCCUCUUAUUUAG